AUGUACCACGACGAUUUCUAUAUGGGCCAAGCAGCCGGCCGUCGACUUUCGCGAGGGUCUACAGGACAACGAGCUGGCACAGCCAUGCGUGUUAUGAAGCCAGCCAGCGCCAACAACAGCCCCCGAGCCGCCAUCUUGGCCGCCAGAAGGAGGACCAUGAUGUAUGAGAGCAGCAACAAUCGCCGACAGCAGCAGGUCCUGGACUAUCUCAACCCCGCGCAAACCCAGAACCCGUUUGUUCCCAGACAAGAUGCCAUGCUCAGCCAGGGCCGGCCAGUGAGCUGGCAUCCCUCUACGCAUCUCCUCGCUCUUCCUUCCAACUUCGCACAUACCCCCAACACCAACCCUCUCUCCACGCCAAACAUGUAUUCCGACUAUCAAGAUUUGUAUUUUGGCGCCGGCCCUCACUACUCGCCCAUGGUCGAGUCGUACUCAACGAAUACGUCUCCCGCUUCCACCUUUUCACCACUUCCUGCCGCCUUUCCCCCUUUGGAGAAUGACCAGUACUUUGGUACGGAGGGCUGGGAGAUGCCACAAAAGCCCGCUGCCAUGUACACACCGAAUGAAGAGAGUCAGAUGUUCCCUAACUCUCUCCCAUCCAGCAUGGAAUCCGGGCAAGUGCAGGGCGGCAACAUUCAGUGGAACAACUUCAUCAUGCACGGCUUCAACAGAACCUCACCUCCUACGCCAGAGGCAUUCCUUCAGCCACCACAACAGCAACAACCGCCUACUCAAGGAAGACCGGCUGCCUUCCCUCAGGUAGAACCUGCAGAGGAAGAAGGCGAGAUUCUGGUAGGCAUGGGUCUCUACGACACACCUGACAAACACCAGGAGGACCCGCAGCUCAACAACUAUCACUCAACUGUGACAUCGCUCCUCGGCUCAACCUUUCGCUACCCUGAGCCUGUCGGCAAGGGCUUGAAACUUGAAGAGACAUGGGAGCCUCCCAAGUCUGAUGACGAAUCCGAGGACGAGGACGACGAGUUGGAUGCUGAAGGGGAAGAGGAAGCAGCUGGCACUGCUUGA